CUUGGGGUUUGGUGCAGUGUCUGGUUGCCUUACAGGAAAACGGUUGCUUUGAUUCAGUCUGGAACUGGCUACUUUAGACUUUUUUUUUGGUGGUUAUGAGUCUGUACAAAGAAUCACCAAACUGGUGCAGCGGAAGCAGACCUGGCCCUACUCAAGCUGCCUAGAGGUUAGCUUGAAAAAAGAAGCUUUCAAACAUACAAAGUAAAUUGACAUUGAUGUUACUGAUACAGAGAUCGCAGUUAAGGAAAGUUUUUUUAAAAGGAGUACUCUCAAAGGAAACCAGAUAAAGCACAGAAACGAUCUAGGAGUGGUGAAAGGAGGCGUGUUCAGGAGGUGUUUUCCUCUUUAAGCUUCAAAGAACAUCUUUCACAUAUCAUCGCUGGAUUUUUUUUUUUUUUUUAGCAAAAGAACAAGGACUGUGUGUGUAGAAACAUGCAGGAAUCACAGGAAACCCACAUGUGUAAUCACCUAGAUGAAAUUGUUGCUGCUGUCAGCGUAGCACCUAGAAAGAAGAGUCAGAACAAGCUGCCCAAGACAGCGUUGUUCCAGCCUCCUCGAGAGAAGCUUCAUCUCUGUGAAGAGAAAGCGAAGUCCUAUUCCAGCAACCAGGAGUAUAAACAGGCCAUCCAGGAGCUUGUGCGCUGCAUGGCACUGACGAGAAUCUGCUAUGGUGACACGCACUGGAAGCUGGCGGAGGCACAUGUCAACCUGGCUCAAGGCUACCUCCAGAUGAAAGGACUGUCUCUGCAGGCAAAACAGCAUGCAGAAAAGGCCAAAGAAAUCCUCCUCAAUGCCAUCGCGCCUCCUUAUAACGACAAUACAGACGUCUUCAAGUGCUCUGUCGAGUUGUUUCAUACCAUGGGGAGAGCUCUCCUCUCCCUUCAAAAAUAUAAGGAAGCUUCUGAGAAUUUGGAAAAAGCAGAGAGACUUUCAAAGGAGCUGCUGCACUGUGGACGGAUCAUAAAGGAGGAGUGGACGGAAAUUCAGGCGCGGAUCAAGUUGUCAUUUGCAAGGGUAUGUCAUGGUCAGAAGAAGUCAAAAGAAGCUUUGCCUCACUACCAAGAAACUCUAGAAUAUAUCGAAAUCAGUAAAGGUGGGAAAUGUCUGGAGUGUGUCCCAGUACUGCAAGAAUUAGCAGGUGUAGAGCAAACCCUGGAAUUUCACGAUGCAGCCAUCAACCACCUGUUACAGGCACACCUCAUCGUCCAGAGCAGAAAUCCUUCUCCAGAGGAGGUGGCAGGCUCUGCGCAUUUGGUCGCCCACACUGCUAUGACUUCCGGGAGGCCAGAACACCAUGGUUUGGCUGAGCAGUAUUUUCAAGAGAGCAUGGUUCUUCUUAAGGAUGUCAAAGGAACAGGAAAAGCCAAGUUUCUUUCAAUUCAAGAUGACUACUGCCAUUUUCUGCAAGACACUGGACAGCAACAGAAAGCAAUCUCCAUCCUGAGAGACUCCCUGGAAGCCAAAGUAGAGGUGUUUGGAGAUCUCAGUCCCGAAGUGGCAGAAACAUACCGACUCCUGGGUAUGGCUGACCUGGAGCAGAGGAACCACAGUGCAGCCCACAAGAAACUCAAGAAGUGUCUUCAGAUUCAGACCCUCCUACACGGAUCCCAGGACAAGAGGACUCUGGCCACGCAGCAGACCAUGGACACUCUGUGCAGGACCCCUGAGAUGCCCAUGAAGUCCCGGCAGUCCUCGAAAGCCAAGUUGACUCUCUGUGCCAGCACAUCCCAGCACUCGGUACUGGGGAAGACCAGGCCCAGCGUGGUUGACUGAGACCUCCCCUCCGCCCGCCAAGAGAGCUGUGGUCAUGCUGGGGUGCUGGCAUUUCGGGUGCUAUGUAAAUCUCUCUCCAACUAGAGGAAGGACUUUAACAGGCAUUGUGCAGGCUUACCAGGCUGAAGCUUCGAUCCCAUCUAAAACUCUCACUUUAAUUGUGAGAACCCUGCAGGAUCUAGAGCUUCUAGAAAGCUUUUUCUUUUUUGUCCCCCUGCCCCCCACCUAAGUGGUUUCUCUGAUCUGCAAAAACCUGGACUCAUCAGCAGGACUGGCUCAAGGGCUUCUCUUCCAAAGUUCCAAGCGUCACAUGCAAAAAAGGAGACCCGACAUCUGACUAUGCGCAGAAAUGGAGCAGUUAUGAUUCUACAAAAAGAACAACCUUUUUCUUUCUCUCUUUUUUUCUUUCUCUCUUUGUAGGGAGGUAUUAAGACUUGAGAGUAACAUAAUAAAAGGAAAUUAGAAUGUUCUGAGGUCAGCAGGUUCUUGUUUUGGGAACUAGACUAGUAGAGUUGAGUACAUUCACUUCUGUAGUACUAGGCCUCACUCAUGCUUGGCUGUGCUGUCCAGCCACAUCCCCAGUCAUCAGUAUGUUUUUCUAUUUAUUUAUUUUUUACUUUUAGCCUCCAGGGUUAUCACUGAGGCUCGGUGCCUACACUACGAACCCACUGCUUCUGGAGGCCAUUUUUCCCAUUUUGUUGCCCUUGUUAUUGCUGCUGCUGCUGCUAGGACAGAGAGAAAUCAAGAGAGGAAGUGAAGACAGAGAGGGGGAGAGAAAGAUAGACACCUGCAGACCUGCUUCACCACUUGUGAAGCAAUCCUCCUGCAGGUGGGGAGCCGGGGGGGCUCGAACCAAGAUCCUUACGCCGGUCCUUGAGCUUUGCGCCAUGUGCACUUAACCCGUUGCACUACCACCCAGUCCCCAUUUUUUAAAAAUUUUAUUUGAUAUGGUAAGAAGUUCAGAGGGUGGGGGGAGGGGAAGAGAGAUAGCUGCAGCACAGCUUUACUGUUUGUGAAGCUUCCCACCACCACCCUUCAGAUGGGGAGCAGGGACUUGAACCUGCACCCUUGUAAAGUGUGCACUCAACUGGGUACACCACUGCCUGCCCCCUCCUCAGCAUGUUUUUCAAUCGGGGCUGUCUCAGAGCACCUCAGAUCCUGAAAAGGCUGAUCUGAAGGACCCAACUGAAACUGCAGGUGUAUGAGAGUGGAGAGAGCUGAGCAGGAGAGAAGCCAACAGGGAGGGAUACUGAGUCCCUGCCCUCCUCCUCUUCCUCUUCUGUGACCUCCAUUCCAGGCUGGUUGCCUCUCAGGAGCUUCUGAGAUGGCACAACCCUUGGCCUUCCCCCCGAGUGUGUCCCCAAGGUCAGCAUGUGAGGGGCAUAAAGAGUGUGAGUACUCAUUUCCAAAGUGGUUUUCCAUCUCUUGGAGGGAGGCUGUCAUCAUUCUUGAAUGAACAGAGCAGGGAGUCUGGGGCGCCUUUCUCCCUGGUGCGGCAGAGCUCUGGUGUGAGAUCCAGCUGGAGUGGUCGGGGUGGCUGGGGCAGGGGAUGGGCAUGGCCCAGCCAGGCUGCAGGCUGGUGCUGAGAUGGCAGCAGGGCACUGGCUAGGGAUUUGUUUGGACACAAGACAGUUGCAUCUGGCGUGCACUGUCUACCAUCCUCCUAGUUCUGUGCUAACAAUCCCGAGUCGUGAUCUGGGGGAGGGACUCAUCAACUGGAACUUUCCAUGUAUGUUCUCCCCAGUGAGUCUGUGCUACCACAGGAGAUACACAUGAAUACACACAUAUGCUUUAAUUUGAAUUUAAACAGAAACCACAACACAGUCUACUGGAAAACAUUCUAUUGCUUUAGGAACAAUAGACUGAGCUCAGAUUUUUAUUUUUACACAUUCUUGUGACAUGUCCCUUUGGAGAGAGUAGGAGAUUGUUAGCAAGCUCAGCUUUUCAGAUGACUGACUCCAUUCUAAAUGUACACUUUAAACACAACAGCCACUGAGACACUGAAAAACAUUCCACUGAUACUCUCGUUUAAACAACAAUACAGAAGAUUGUGUCUUUGCCCCAUCCAACCACAAAAUGAUUUUGAGGACCUGCUGAGGGCUCACUCUGCUCCUGGCUGACCCAGAGACAGUGACCAGCAAUGGCUCUUGGCUCCAUGUUGUUAAGUACAUUUGGCAGGAUACUUCCUGGAGAAAUGCAUUUCAGCAUGGAGAUAAGAACAAAGAUCGAAGUUCUUUGUUCCCCAAGUAGAGGUGGAUCCCGUUAUUAACAACCUGUUCAAGUGAGGCUCUCACCUACAAGGUCAGGAGCCAGGACAGUGAUCCCAAACUAAGCCUAUUUACGACUCAGGCGAUCCAGUGUGUCUUGUCAUGUCAGGCCGUCACUUUGACUAAAUUAUCACCAAUACAUCACUUAUACAAAUACCAGUACCAGUUACAGCUAAGAUAGUCAGCCCAACUUUGACUGUUUUGAAAUGAGAAGUCUUGGGGUCAGGAGAUGGCUCACCCAGUAGAGCACACGUUUUUGUCACGUACAAGGAUCUGGGAUCGAGCUCCCAGCCACCACAUGGGAGCACCCACACAGGGGAAGCUUCAUGAGCAGUGGAGCAGUGCUGUGGAGUCUCCUCUGUCACCCUCUCCCUAUCUUUCUGCCUCAACCUAAUACAGGGGUGAGGAACUUUUUUUUUUUUUCCUAUCAGAGCACUGCUCAGCUCUGGCUUAUGGUGGUGUGACGGAUUGAACCUGGAACUUUGGAACCUCAGGCAUGAGAUUCUCUUUACAUAACCAAACCAUUAUGCUCUCUACCCCCUGCCUGGAACCUUUUUUUCUAUCAAGGGCCAUUUGGAUAUUUAUGACAUCAUUUGUAGGGCACACAAAAUGAACUAUUAAAAAUAAGCACUUAUGAGGCCAGGCGGUGGCGCACCCCAAGUGCACACAUUACCAUGUGCAAGGACCCAGAUCCGAGCCUCUGUUUCUCACUUGUAGAGGGGAAGUUUCAUGAGUGGUGAAGCAGGUCUGCAGGUAUCUCUCUCUCCCCUUCAAUUUCUCUCUGUCCUGUCAAAUAAAGGGAAAAAAUGGCUGCAAAGAACAUUAUGUUCAUAGUGUCGGCACCAAGCCCCAGUGAUAAAUAAACCCUAGUGGCAAUAGAAAA